AUGGUUGCUAUACAUCGGUUGGCCGUGGCUGGCUUGGCUGCCUCUGCGCAGGCGCUCUCGUUGAUUCCUUCAAUUGCAAACAUCUUCGAUUCGUCUGUCCCCAAAAUCAUCCACACCUUCCCCGGUAACGACGACGAGAGACCUAUUCCUGGCAACAGCCCUAUCAUCCAGUGCGAUGCUCAGACGCCACAGUUGUUGGACUUGCAGAAGGUGGUGAUUGACCCUAACCCUCCAGAGAAGGGCAAGAACUUGACGUUUGUCGCUGAGGGGGUGUUGAAGCAGACUAUCACUGACGGCGCUUACGUCGAGGUGGACGUCAGGUACGGCUUUAUCAGGUUGAUCCACCAGACAUACGAUUUGUGUGAAGAGGUGCAUAAUGUGGACUUGGAGUGCCCCAUUAAGAAGGGCGCCCAGACCAUUUCUAAGAAGGUGGCAAUUCCUGAAGAGGUGCCUCCAGGGAAGUAUUUGGUGAUUGCCCGUGCUUACACCAAGGAGGAUGUGCUUAUUACGUGCUUAACUGCCCUGGUGGAGUUUCCCCCCAAUUGA